UCUCACACGUCUGCUAUUCAUGUGUCAGCGGUCACCCACCCUGGCAACCAAAGCAAACUACGAAAGAAAAAUAAUGGCGGAUUUGAGACAAAAUUAACGAUUUUUGGUUAAAAGAUGGACCAAUUCGGAAGACUAGAGCUCCGCUGGGCUCAAGGUUAUGAUGGUGGAUCAGCUACAUACAUCAACAAGCACACUGUAUGCUUUGUGUGUGGGAACUCCAUCAAAUUUAUUAACACCAAGGACAAUAGUGAAGCUUUCCUUCCAAGCCCUGGCGAUGGGAUUGUUCAUCUAGUCACAAAUCCAGGCUAUGACUUGUAUGCAUUCACUGAGCGCAAGAGUGACCCUAGAAUAUUUGUGUACAUGUUUCCUGACUUUAGUGAGCCUAGAGCUAUACUUAAAGGAGGUGCAAAGCUCAGCUACUCUAGCAUUGCAUUUGCUCAUAACAGCACAGUUCUGGCAGCAUUUUCAGGAUUACCUGAUUUCCAGUUAACCGUCUGGAAUUGGACAGACCAAGUACCACUGUGUAGCAUUAGUGUUGUACACCAGACAUGCACCAACAUGUCCUUCAACCCACUUAACUGGCGUCAGCUCUGUACAAUUGGUCCUGAAAUGCUUACUGUCUGGAAUAUUGAGCAGCUGAAUGAAAAAUACAAAUUUACAUCUAAUCAAAUGCGAUUGCCACCGGCUGAUGGCUCACCUGAUAGUGGAGAGUUUGAAAACUUGGAGCAUUCGAUAAGUAGGAUGGGCCGCACAUUCACAUCAGAGGGAUUCCUACUUACCAAGGCUGCCAUUGGAGGGAUUGUUGGUGGUGAUGCAAAGGAAUUUGAGCCUGGGGAGAAGACAAUGAGGUGUGUGCCGGUGAGUCACUGCUGGACCCCUCAAGGCAAGGUGUUCUGUGGAUGCUCUGGUGGCCAGUUGCUAAGUGUUGACACAGAGGUCAACAUGGUUAGGAUCAUAGCCACACCCGCACCCUUUCUGCAGAAGGGACGAACUGAGACACUCUCUCAGCUUCCCACUAUGGAGUCUCUACCGGAAGAGCCAGAGGAUGAUAAUGAUGCUGCAGUGCUUGGUAACAAACUGACGCCAGGUGGCACUGAUUGCCUGGCUCUGCACAAGAAAGGUCUUUACGCUGGUGGCCAGGAUGGUAUCCUGAGAUGUCUUGACAUGACUGGAUCCGAAGUUACUGUGACAGAGAAAGUAGAUACUGGGGCAACAAUUACAAGCCUUUGCUGGUCAACCGACUAUAGCACUUUAGCAAUUGGAAGCUCUAAGGGAAGUAUGAAGUUGUAUGAGCCAGGAAAAGAGUUAUCACAGCUGUUUGAUGUCUGCACAUCAGAACUUGUUGGCAUUGAUUGUCUUCUUGGAGGAACAGAUUACUGUGUGUCCUGUAGAGCCAAUGGGCUCGUCCAGGUGUGGAAUAUUCAGUCAGCACCCGCCCUCGUCAGCAAAGUUAACCUUAACUGCCAGGCUUCCUGCAUGGCCUGUAAUAUAUCCUCAAGUAUUGUUGCCAUAGGAACUAUGUCAGGGCAUGUGUACUAUAUUGAAAUGACUGAGGUGGAGAAACCACGUGUUAUUGCUUGCCUGAGAAUACAUGAAGGGCCUGUGCUGCAUAUACGCUAUGACUGGGCAGGCCAGAUCUAUCUUACUGGUUCCAACGAUGGUCAUGUCUUUGUGUGUGAUGCAAGAGUCAGCAAUAACUUCAAAGUCUUGGGGCAUGUUGAGGUACCGGGGACUGUCAUUUCUCUGUCUUGUUUUAAUGCCCGUGAUGUGCAAGGGCCCUGGAAGGUGGCUGUAGCUCAUACAACUAAUGACAAACUUCUGUAUGCAAACAGGAUGAUAGAGUUCGAGGUUACAUCAGAUAUUAUCUUUCACAGCUCAAGAGAUGUUUUUAAGAACAAAACUUUGCUGUACCGAGAUGAGGCCAUCAAGAAGAAUUCCCAUGUGCUGUCAGGGCCAGUGUACAGUAUAGAAAUAACCUCCCCACAGACAGCUUUUGCAGUUGGACAUCAGCGAAAAGAACUCCUUAAGUUACCACUGACCACAGAAGGACAGGAACCCAGUAACGAGGCCCUUGUACCAAAAGCCUCAUAUCCGGGGCAUGACCUUCCUGGUGGCAAACUCACCCUCUCACCCCACCUCCGCUGGAUGGCAAGCACAGGCUCAGAUGGAUACUUGCUCCUGCGAGCUGUUGGUACUUUGGACAAGGUGGUUAAGAUUCCCGCGCACCACUUCAAGCAGGGCGGGGCCACACAUGUGUGUUUUACUGGAGACUCCCAUCGGAUACUCAGUACGGGUGGCGAUGGAGUGCUCGCAUGCUGGGCGUGGAAUUUCUCUACUGUCGGUAAAAGCAAAGCUACUACAGCUGUGGAGUCAGCGCAGUCAAGAAACUCUCUCCUCUCCACUCAGCGCAACGAUGAGGACAAAAUUGCGUCUGCGCGGCCAGAACUCGAGCCAAAGGGAUCCACAGUUAUCGAGAAAUCUACAACUGAAGGUAGCGAGAAGGGUACCAAGAGGGUCGACAAAGACGGCAUCUAUACCACGCCCACACCCACCCUCCAUGAGGAUCACACGUGGCUUGAGAAAGCCAUAGCAGAGGCACAACGUGAAGAAGACAAGAAAUUUGCAGACAUCAAGCACAAAUUGCGGCGAGACAUAAAAAACCUCCGGAGCACGGUGCAGACGAUGAUCGAGCAGAACAGCCAGGUGCCUGACCUAGAGAAACUCGCACGACACGAGUUUAACAUGGAUGAGGAGGAGAGGCACAAGAUGGUGGCAGAGGGCGAGGAAAAGAUCAAACAGGUUCGAGACGAACUUGAGAUGGAGAAUCUUGCACGCAUCUACCUUAAAGAAAUGAUUAAACGCGAGUGCUGGGAUGCGAUGGCUGUGAAAGGGAGAUCGUGUAAUGCAUUCCGAUUGGCCCUUUCGGUCUCCAACUACCCCAUGCGUGAGCGCACCAAGAACGAGUUGGAAGAGCUUGGGUAUGUCAUCACCCAACGGAAGAUAGAGAAGCCUGAGGCUGAAGCCAGCAAGACCAUUACUCCUGGACAUGACACCAAUGCCAGGAACACACCAUUGAUAGAUGACCGACUGGAUGUGGAGGAGGAAGAUACCUUACUAGAGGAAGACGCUGAAAUGAUGGGUAAUAACCCGGCCAUUACUGGAAGCCGGGGCGCGGCAUAUGGCGGCGAGAGUGAGCUACUGCAGAGCCAAUUCCAGCUUCACACCACCCAGCAGAAGUACAACCAGAUCGUACUGCUACAGGAUGCGAUUUACCGUAUAAAGCAGGCUUUCAAUAAGGAAUUCAGUGAGAUGUUUGCGCUAAAGGAAGGGGAGUUAAAAAAGAUUCAAGAGAAGAAUGAAAGAAUCAAGAAAAUCCUUAAGGACCUCGGGAUUGAAGAGAAGGUUUUCGAACCUACCAUGACUGAUGAAGAGGUACCUGAGCGUCUUCUGGAAGUUCGUGACGAAGAGGUUCCUUUUGAGAAGUUCAUAACUCCCGAGGAGCAGGCAAGACUGGACGAGCAGGCCAGAAUCGAGGAAGAGCGGCGUAAGGCGGAGGCGGCAGAUAACGCACGUGAGCGCGCCCUACAAAUGAUGAUGCAGGGACGUCUGGAGGCGAACCUCGAGGACGAACUCAAGAAAGAUCUCGUCCCGCCUGAGUUCAUGGAGGCUAAGGCCCAGGAUGAUUGGACAGAGGAGGAGAAAAAGGCGGCUAAGGACUUUGAGAAGCGUCAACAGCAGCUCCUGGAGGAUCGUGAGAAAUGGAGGAAGUCUCUGGAGACGGAACUGAAAAAACUGCAGGGGAACAUUGUGGAGGCGACGAACUCGUUUGACGAGAAGCUCUCGCAACUCUUCCAGCGCAGAGUCAAGACUGAAAUGGUCAUUUAUCAGGAAGAGCUCAAGAUUCUGCGUCUUCUUGUGUCGAUCUUGACGGAGAGCGAGCUGGACACUCAGGAGACGGAGUUACUCCGUCGCAUGGAGGAGAAGAAGGAAAAGAAGACACAGACCGCCCAGUCCCUAGUGGAGGCCAAGCGCGCUGUUGACGAGUUCCGAGACUCUUACGAGCUCAUGACCAUCGACGACAAGACCUUGGACAAGCAAUUCAAGCGCGAGUUUGCUGAUCAGGACGCGCACACGGUGGAACAGCUAUACAAGCUCUUCAAGAGGAGGCCAAGGGGCCAAAAACAACUGCGUGCUGUUACAGAGUCCCACGCCGACACGUCCACAGGCAGCCCGUUUAGUUCCCGUCCUUCAUCUUCUCGUGCACAGUCCGCCGCGGUAAAGAAUCUUGAGAAGCACAUGGACGAGUUAGACAGUCCGGAACACAUGCCCGAAGGGCUGGAACCGAGUGUUUGGCAGAGGCUGGUGCAUGCACGGAGGCAGAAGGUCGAGAGUGAGCAACAGGUCAAAGCCAAGGCUCUGGUUCUUGCGGAGAUGAACUCGUUCUACCAGAAGCGCGUUGAGGAGGAUGAGAAAAUGCAAAGGGAGAUCGAGACAACAUUCCAGGAGCUACAGAGGCUCCGUGAUGAGAAGAUCAAGUUCUUGAUCAACCUCGAGGUGCAGCUACUGCUAAAACAAGGACAAGUCGAAGUUCCUGUUGGUCCGUUUAUCACCGAUUACUCGGAGAGCAUUCUCGUCCACCGCGCAGUAGUCGAAGACCUCAACGCACAGAUCACGAAUCUUGGCAAAGGAAAAGUAUCGAUAAUGGAGGACAGUAAAGAAUUCAGGAAAGGGAUCCAUCGCUUGGAAUGGGAGCACAAGCGAAUGUACAUGCAGGCCGAGGAUCUCCAGACGAAAGCACGUGACAUCCAGCUGCUUAGAGUAACCAAAGAGCUUCAACAGUUCCUCGAGGAAGGUGACCAGCAAGCACGGCAACAACAAGAGAUUGCGACGUUGGAACAGACACUGGCGUUGAUUGAAAAGAUGCACGGGCGGAAUGUGAACGAGCGAAAGGACAUGCUAAAAGGUGUCAAACGCACCAUCCGCAAGAAGGAAAAGGACAACGCUAAACUGGACGCGGAACUGGAGGAGCUUGCAUUGAGUGUUGCUGAGCGAAGAAAUGUCAAUGAAAUGAACGCCGCUGGUCGCAGUGACACUGGCGCAGAAAAGCGAUUGCAAGACAUAGUGGCACGCCGAAAGCUGAUCGACCUCGCCAAAGUACAAGCACAGGAAGUGGCAGUCCUAAGAGCGGAAGUCGAGAGGCUGCGCAUGCGCACAUUCCCUGCACUCGUGCAAGUUGAACGCUAACCACCGCCAUUGGCUCCGCCGAUGGUGAUUUUGUACGUAGCUGCAAACGUAGCUUUCUCUUGUUUUAAACAAUUUAUGAGUCUGGUGGCGUUGAAUAUGGUAUCUUAGCUGUACAUAAUAUUUAUACAUGUUAUAAAGUUCUCCCUUGGCUGUUACACACUGACAGUAUGGGGAUGUUUUUAAACAAUAAAUCAAGCUGUUUUGUAUA